AUGGCGGCGGCGGGGCGGGCGCGCGCGGGCGGCGGCGGCGGCGGCGGCGGGGCCGGCGGCGGCGGGGCGGGGGGCGGCGGGGCCGUGGCGCGGCCGGCGGGCGCGGGCAGCCUCAGGGCGGGCUGGGGCUGGCCGGGGGCGCGCUCACGGCCGCCUCGGCCGCCAUGUGCUGCCACCUCCCAGGGCCAUGUCUGGGGAGGGACCUGCGCCGCCGCCGCGCUGCGAGGCCGAAGCCGAGGAUGGGCCGGGCGGGGCGGCGCUGACGUCGGGCCCGCCCGCGCGGACGCGGAAGGCGGAAGAGGCGGCGCCGGGCCGCGGCCGGGCUCCCGGGGCGGCGGCGGCGGCUGCCGGGCGGAGAAGGAGGAGCGCUGCUGGGCUGGUCGGGCCCUGAGGGGGCCGCGGCCGGGCGGGCUCAGGGAGGCGCUUGGGCCCGUGCAGGCCGCGCCCCGAGGCCACGGGCCUCCGAGGCCGGCCCCGCCCCGCGCGCGGCUGCGAGCUGGGGAGGCGUGGCCGGCAGCCGGCGCUCCUCCUCCGCCGCGUGUGUCUCCCGCGGGGCGAGGAAGCCCGGAGCCUGAAGAGUGCGAGCGAGCCCAGGAGUGCGAGUCGCUGAGGAGGACAGGGGCGACAAGAUGGCGUCGCUCCCGGGACCGGGCCGUGACUUCACGGCCUCGCGUCAGAGCCCGGCUGAGGAGACUUCCCCGGGAGCCGCAAGCCUCGCCGCGUUGCGCCGCCCUCCGGAGAUGGGUGGACGUGCGCUGCCUCGGGGGUGCCCGAGAAGGUAGCGAGGAUCCCGCUUCACCCAGGCGGCGACGAUUUCCAGAAGCUGUUGUGUUCAUUGCAAAGUCCCUGCCAGGACCAAACAAAAAUAACCUACUCAGCAAUACCGAGGCUCAUUUCCAAGGCCACUAGUGUGGAUCUUUCCCCAGGUCAGCUGUUGCUGUUGACUCUGCUGAGAAAGGAAACUAGUGUCACCGUCAAGCGGGACAGUCUUCUCAGGUUGAGUAAAAUAGGUGCCCCACAUGGGUGAGAGCAACCAGCACUGCUGCUGGACUUAGGGUCUCAGAGUUUUGUCUCACGGUUUCAACCUAAAGAGCACUGCCUGCUUCUGACAUUUUCCUUUUGGGGAGGGUGGAGAGAGGAUGUAUGUUUGCCCCUGACAUGUUUGUGGAGGCAGAAGUCAGCACGGUUGUCUUCUGUCUACCUCCAUCUUUUGUUAAGUGUCUUUCCUCUGAACCUGAAGUUUGCUGUUUUGACAGGCCUAACUAACCAGUGAGACCCCAGGGCUCACCUGUCUCUCCACCCACCCCAUGCUGUCAUGACAGGUGAUCCCACCAUACCUAGCUUUUAUGUGGGCACCAUGGACCAGGAAUCACAUGCUCGUGCUUGUAGCAAGCUCUUUCUCCCCAGGUAACCUCCUCAGCCCCUUUUGCUGUUUUUCUUGUUUAUUAGCCAUCAUGCUAUCCAAACUUGUGUCCAGAUGGCUUUGGGCCAAAUCAGAAAUAGCUGUGCUCAAGAGAAGAGUUGCUGAAGACUUUGAAAUGAGGGCCGUAUGUUCCCGAGGCAGCUUCCAAGAGGUGACCUGAGCAGCAGUAGUAGAAGCUGCUGUGGGCUGUCCUAUUUGGAGAAAGACCUUAUUCUAGUCAUUCCAUAAAUACUGCCUCAGAGAAUGCAGGGUGAGAGCUCUAGGUUUUGGGGGAAAGGCUCUCACUAGAAUGCCCAGGCUGGCCCCAAACUCAUGGUCCUCCUGCCUCUGCCUCUUGUGUG